AUGUAUGUACAUACUUACAUAGUUGCUAUAGAAGUAUUACAGCACCACACGCGAGCCAAUACCAAGCCUCGACGCUGGUGUUCAGAUUUCAGGCCUGGAAGCCUUAAUAAUCUAGAGCUACCAAGCCUCGACGCUGGCACUCAAAUUUCAGGUCUAAACGAGCAUCUAUUCAGAGACUUACCUUUGUACCAAAUAUAUUUAUAUAGUUCUAGUAGACUAGGUACGCCUGCUAGAAGCGUGACAACAUUCAACGAAACUCUUCUUCCAGCUUGCAUCGACAACAUUCUGGACAUACCAUCAUACUUUUGUCCAGGCGGAGCUUCUUACGGCUUCGAAAAAAGCUGGAACUCAGAAAAAAAAUGUCACAUUAUUCAGUCCUAUGGGAUAUCACCAGCCGGGGGUACAGCUGCCGAAAGAGCGGAGUUUCCUUUUAUGGCGCUGCUGGGGUUCGGGGCGAGCGCGGAGGAGGCGCAGUGGCUGUGCGGCGGGUCGGUGCUUUCCGCGCGGUACAUCCUCACGGCGGCGCACUGCAUCUCCGAGCCACGCCUGGGACCCUUGAAGUACGCAGCUCUCGGCAUCCUGAAGCGCUCCGACCCUCCUGAGAUCUGGCAGCGGCACACCCUCGCCCAGGUCAUCCCGCACCCUGACUACGCCUCGCCCUCCAAGUACCACGACAUCGCGCUCCUCAAGACCGAGAAACAAAUACAAUUCAACAUCAACGUGGUGCCCGCGUGCUUGUAUUCUGGUGAGAAGAAGCGCAAUAUCGAUCCAAGUCGAGCUCUGGCCCUGGGCUGGGGCUACCUCGGACCAAAUACACGCCUAGCUGAUGUCUUACAGAAGGUUGAAGUGAGCGAGUUCACCGCCGAGGAGUGCUUGACGCACUACCCUCCGCACCGCCACCUGCUCGACGGGUUCGACAACAGCACGCAGCUGUGCUACGGAGACCGCAACAAGACGCGCGACACUUGCGAGGGCGAUAGCGGCGGUCCCUUGAUCCUGCAUAACAGUGAGGUGGGCUGCGCGAAGGCAGUGUUCGGCGUGACGUCAUCGGGCGUGGAGUGCGAUGUAGCGACCGCCGGCCUCUACACGCGCGUCGAGCACUACAAGCCCUGGAUCGAGAGCAUCGUCUGGCCUUGAACACCUGUGACUAAUUAAGUUUACAAUAAAU